AUGCUCCACCGCAGGGAAACCGCGUUAAUUUGUCUCGGUAUCUUUUUGUUCAGCUGGGCAGAGGCUGUGAUAAGUAAUGUCAAGCCUUGUUCUUCUAAGGGCACAAGGAAUGUUGGAGCUAUGGAAGAAGCGCUCAAGGCAGAAGAGAAAAAUAAAUCUGCAGAUAUUUCAAAUCAAAAAGAACAAUGCCUUGUACCAUGUGAUGUUCAAGCUAAAAUUUUACGAGGGGAAAAACAUUACAUGUGCAGAAAUUUGCAGAAUUCUCUUGUUGAAUAUGCAAGAAGUACAAAAAAAAUGAUAAGAAAUAUGAUGGAUGAUCAACAGUCUUCUUUGGAUUACCUUUCUAAUCAGGUGAAUGAGCUCAUGAACAGAUUACUUGUUUUGAACACGGAAGUUUUAAGAAAGCAUUUAGAUACACUUCCUUACAAAACAGUUCAAUCCCAUGGACUGGAUUGCACUGACAUUAAAGAUACUGUAGGUUCAGUUUCAAAAACUCCAAGUGGUCUGUACAUUAUCCACCCAGAAGGAUCAAAUCAUCCUUUUGAGGUUUUGUGUGACAUGGAUUUUCAAGGAGGUGGAUGGACUGUGAUUCAAAAAAGAACUGAUGGAAUCAUUGAAUUUCAGAGAACAUGGUCUGAAUACCUGGAUGGAUUUGGUGACCUAUCUGGGGAAUUUUGGCUUGGACUGAGGAAGAUUUUUCAUAUAGUAAAUCAAAAAGCAACUAGUUUCAGCCUUCAUGUGGAUUUGGAAUCUGAAAAUGAAAAGCAUGCUUAUGCAUCAUAUGAUGGAUUUUGGAUAGAAGAUGAAGCAUGUUCCUUUAAAAUCCAUUUAGGGCGUUAUUCAGGAAAUGCUGGUGACGCAUUUAGAGGAUACAGGAAAGAAGAUAAUCAGAAUUCAAUGCCUUUCAGCACAUUUGAUGUCGAUAAUGAUGGAUGUAGGCCAAUGUGCACUAUUAAAGAACAGCCUGUAAAAAGCUGCAGUAACUUCAGUGAUAAAACUGGAUGGUGGUUCAACCAGUGUGGCCUUGCAAAUCUUAAUGGUAUUCAUCGCUACACGGGUAGAUUUCUUGCAACUGGGAUUCACUGGGAUACGUGGACAAUGAACAAUAAACCAGUCAAAAUUAAAUCCGUUUCAAUGAAAAUUCGGAGGACCUUUAAUCCAUAUUUCAAUUAACCUAUGGAAAUGGAAAUAUAUCUCUUGCAGUUAUGUGGGAUAACAUAUCAGGGUAACUUUCAUUUUCAGUUAAAUAGUUCAGUCUUAAAAAUUUAUUAGCUAUUUCCUUAACAGCUGUUCAUUUUGAUUAUGACAUGUCAGCAUAGGUUGUAUAUAGUGUUCCCACUUGAAUGAGAAGAGCAUAAGAACAGAGUUUGGGAAUAAUGAUGAAGCUUAGAGUGUUUGUCAGCUUUUAUUCAGCUGCUUCUUAUUCUAAGAGCCCUUGGAAAA